GUCGUGUCAUUGUCCGUCCGGAAUUGCUCAUUUGAAAGUGUGCUUUGCUUCAAAAAAGCCUUGGAACAGAACAGGCGGACUUCAAAUUUAAUGUGCAAAUAGUCCUUACAAAGAUUCGCGUCUAACGAGUAAAAAAUCAGCCCCAUCAGAACACGAUGAUACAAACAAACUAAAACGACAAGUUUUCUUCAGUCUCUCCAACCUGCCGACCCGGUCAGCCUAAGGUCUUCGGAGUAGCUCGCCACGAAACUAUCCGCAUCGCGUGCGAGCUGGAGGCCAACCCAACGGACGUCCAGUUCAUAUGGAAGUUCAAUAACACCUCUGAAGCCUACGACAUCCCCCAGAGCCAGAUUCAAACGGAAAAGGCACGGAGUUACGCAUACUACAAACCUAUCUCGGAGAUGGACUACGGUACUCUGCUGUGCUGGGGCAGGAAUGAGAUUGGCAUGCAGAAGGAGCCUUGUGUAUUCUACAUUAAUCCAGCUGGCAAACCCGACCCGCCCUCAAACUGCACCAUCCUGAACCAGACCUCAGACUCGCUGAGCUUGGAAUGCUCAGAAGGCUUCGAUGGCGGUCUACGUCAACAGUUCGUCAUGGAAGUUUAUGACGCUGCCAGCGGGCGGCUAGUGGGAAACGUAACAGCGCGGCAGCCCGCUUUCGGUGUGGGCGGGCUGGACGCGGGCGCAGGGUUCAAAGUCAACAUAUACGCUGUCAACAGGAAGGGCCGCAGUCCGGUAAUGCAGUUGUUGGCUGCUACACUCAAGUCAGCCGAGAAACAUACUGCCACACUCCUAGUAUCAGAAAAACCUCCACCUCCCGAGAACUGCACCGUCCUCCACCAAACCCGCUACUACCUGUCCGUGGGCUGCCACGUGCCCGACGUGCACCGCGCUUACUCCAACACGUACCUGCUCCAGGCCUUCGAUGCAGGCACCCGCCUUCUGCUGGCCACAGCGACUUCACGGAACCCGGAGGAGAUCACCGUCUCCGACCUACCUCCGGAUUACAAGGACCUCCUGCUGUUCGUGCGCACCAUGGACGGCAGAUCGGUGGCCAGCGAUGCCAAUACCAUCUAUGUGCCAGCGAUGGCAGAACUCAAGACUGGCGGUAAGGGCGUGAAUCUCUGUUCUUUUUAACAGUGGUUGGUGGUGCUGAGUUUGGUGGAGGACGG